CUGUGCUUGGCUGUCAGAGCUGUUCACAUUGUGAGCGCCGCCGCCACUGAGGAGGGGACAGCGGCUCUGUGACAAAGGUCCCUUGACGCAGCCCUGCUGGGACCCCUACAUGUCGAAUCAGGAAAGACAUGGAGGAAAGCUAUGAGACUUUCGAAGAAGAGCUCGGACCACCAAGAGAAGAUCCUCCUCCACAGAAGCCUGUUCGACAGCUCCGAAGACCAGAAAUGUACACCAACAGGAAAGUUAGAGAGGAAAUGUCUGCAGUUCCUCAGCAACCAAAAGUAGAACCAAAGACAAGUGCGCCCAGAAAACUUCCCUUAUAUAAAAGCAUGUCCAUCCAGAAUCUGAGUCAGAUUGAAACACCCUGGGAGAACGUCACACUCAACCGUUGUCUGUUUGUAGCCAUUACUAUCCUGGUGCUCACCUCAGGCAUGCAGAGACUCCAUGAGGCUCUGCGUGGUCAGGAAGGCACAGCAGAGAAGGAAGAGGUGGAAUUGACUGUGAGACAGCCAUCCAUGUUACGACACAGAGGGAAACCACUACAGCCCGAGACAACUCUGUGGGAAGUUUUGUUUUGGUGGCUGCCAGACCUUGAUGAUGACGACGACAAAGAUGACGAUGGAAAACGACAGGCGAGAAGGGGGGGUCUCCGAAAUAAACCAGUACCAGACAAAAAACUCUUGAAGCAACGAGAUGGGACAUUAAAGAGCAGGAGAGCCAAGAAAGUUAAAGACCAAAAAGCUAAAGUCAAGAAAGAGAAGGAUGCAUUUCAGAAACCUGAGGAGGAAAAUGAGGACGUGGUACCCAACACAAAGACACAGGAAAAGGAAAAGAAGAAAAAGACUCAAAAAGGAUGAUUUAUCUUCCUUGGUGUUAACAAAUUGUUGCAGUUUUUACCACAACUUCGAGCACAGGUGAAUGUGACUUGGCUGUCAAGACAAGAUAAGAAAUUUGAUUAA